AUGAGUAAACGACCAUUUGAAUGUCUUGAUUCCAGAUUUCCUCCAAAUAAGGAGACACUUCUUUGUACUCCAAAUAAGCAAAAUAUGCAUGGUGAGGAGGUUGUUUGUAGUUAUCUUGAUGCCAUGGAAAAUUUGCUAAAGUAUAAUCAAGUUGUAAGCAAUGUUCCAGCUGUGUGGACAAAAUCUCUGGAGUCCUAUCUUGACAAUGCUCUUAAGAAAGAAGGAGAAGAAUUUAAGAUUGCUGUAAUGGAAAAAAUAAGCGGAGACGAAGGAAAUUACUUCCGUUUGUACUGUGAAAAAAUUCUGAUUGAUUUACAAAUUAGCAAGCGGAAGUAUAUAGUACAAACCAUUUCUUCUCUCUUUAAGUUUUAUGAAACAACGUUCGGAAAAAUAAGCUUCGAUUGGAUAGAGUCACAUCCUCCCGCAGGAAAACUAACAAAAUCGGCCAGCAACUCCGGCAUUAUGAGAGGUGGAUUAAUUAAGAAAUCUAAUGUCUUUCACAUGGAAGUCUCGGGUCCACCUUCAUUAUUAUCGGACGAUACGAAAAAAUCACUGCAUACGGACAUCCUGAAUCUGAUCGCCAUCUUACUCGAUCAUCUUGAUCUAUCCGUUGAAGUCGCAACACGAAUCAAAGUGUUCAGUUUUCAAGUUAUUAAAUAUCGAAUUACGUUUUAUUUCCUAAAUAUGUUGAACGAUGGAUCUUUUCUUUCAUCGGAGUUAUUUUCUGCAUUGUUUCCCUUCUCUUUUGAUGCUAGAGCAAAGUAUAAACAAAUACUAUUUCUCAUGGGUGUUUUUCAUAAUGAAGCUACGAAUCAGAUCUCUUUGAUGCAAGAUCUUGAUCUGAAUGUUAAUCGUUAUGAAGGAAAGUUGGUUCGAGAAGUCUUAAGGGUUCCAAUAGCAUUGAAAGAUUUUCUCA